UUGAGAAGUUGCUAAGGCGCUUCGGGAGCAGCGUGCGCGCGGCCAGCUCCAUGGCAAUGUGCGAACGGAACCCUCUGAGCCCACCGGGCUAUGUCGGACCUCUGCUCAAUUUGGCCCCGACCCCCGAGACGCUGUACUUGUCCAACUUGCGGGGCGCCAGCGGCGGGGCGCACCACAUGCCCCCGCUACACCACCACCAUCACCACCACCAUCACCUCCCUUACAACAGGAGGGCAGAGCUGUGCACGCUCCCGUGGUCAAGUUCGUGCGCGUCCGGGUCGCCCGCGCAGAGCCGCGCCUUCGGAACCUAUUGCCCGACGUUUCGCUCCAACUCGACCGCGCCCGGAACCAACAACAACGGGGAUUCGGCCAAGUCUCCCUUGCAGGAUGAGUCGGCUGCGCGGUGCCCGCCUGGUUCAGACCACAAGGUGCCGCAGUCGGGGGUACCUCACGAGGUUUACGCCGAGGAGCUGCGGGGAUACUUGGACGGGCACAGUUCGGCUGCUGGCCAUCUGGAGCAGGAGUGCGCGCGACGACUGCAUGUAAACAGCAAGCAGCAAGACCCAGCUCGGCCUUCGUCCACUCUCACGUGUUUUGCCGAAGGUGGUCCCUGGUGCUCGUCCCAGCAGGUGAGGAACAGAAAGAAGAGGAAGCCUUACUCCAAGCCUCAGCUGGCUGAGCUGGAGAGCGAGUUCCUUCUCAACGAAUUCAUCAACAGGCAGAAGCGCAAAGAGCUAUCGGACAGAUUGGAUCUGAGCGACCAGCAAGUGAAAAUUUGGUUCCAGAACCGCAGGAUGAAGAAGAAGAGACUCAUGAUGCGGGAGCAGGUCUUUGCUCCUUACUAAGUGGACUAAAAAAAAAGAAAAAAAGCCAAGAAAAAGAAGGAAAGACAAGAAAAGAAAGAAGACGCUCCUGGCUUGUGGACCACCACGGCAGCGCCACGUCACGUCUCGACUGGCUGGCGUGGGCUUUUAUUUAUAAACGUGUGAAAUGCUUGCAAUCCCCAUCACGGCAAGCAUUUCACACUUGGCGUUGGCUGCUUUGGAGGCGGCCCAAGAUCCACAUGUGCGUUUUUCACUCUCUGUCUUAUGUGUCGAGAAGCUCAAGUUCACGUUGACGCCCAUUUAAUUAUACAUAUUAUACAUACGCAUGCUUGUCUAUUAUUUGAUUUGAUACAUUUCAUUGUAAAUAAAUGCGCCUUUAUUUCCAAAAACACGCGUUGUGGAUGUCAACAUUGCUGGAAUGUGAAUUAUUUCGAAGUCUGUAUACAUAUAGCUAAACUAGCCGAGUCAUGUUUCAACAUUUUUAGAAAACAAUUAAAUAACAACAAACGAGCGGAGUCGAUUUGCCUUGUGACUUAGAAUCCCCUCAAACAUUAAGAGAUUUUUUUUUUGCAAGCAAAUCAUUGUUUUAGCGAUGCCGUAAGCGUAAUAGCAUAGUUGCUUACGUCAUAUUUCAACGUUUACGGAAACCGAGAAGGGAUUGGGCGACAUAUUUAGCAAGCCCGCGCGCUGCUAUUUUUUUUUCUUUUGACACUAAAAUAAAAUGAAUGUCAAAUAUGUUAUCAGGUUUACCAUAAAAAAAUAAUGUUGCCUUAUUUUCCACCCUCUGUUUCCAAACACAUUGAAAUGUGCUAUUGGGCUAACACAUGUGACAGUAAGUUUUCCAAUUAUGCUAUUAAGCAAAAAUGCUUGCUAAAUCUUGUUCUCAGUUUCUGGAAAAAUUUAACUAUGACUCAUGAUAAUGAUUGUGGUAGCAAGUUAAAAAAAAGACUUAGGAAAUUGUGCUAUUAUGCUACAGAAUAUGGUCGCAUUUUUAAGUGUAUUUAAACCGUGAUUUCUGAUGGAAAUGCAUUCUUAGUAUUUGUCCAUGACAUGUAGAAAUAAAAUUGAAUGUUAUAUUUAGGCAUACCAUUUUUUAAAGAAAUACCUCAUGUGUUUUGGCGAACCUGUUCUCAUAAGCUGAUCCAACAAAAAUGUACAAUUUGUUUGACCUAACACAAAUGUAUGGAGCAGGAUGACGUCAUGUUUAUAAUAAAUACUAGUACCCAUCAAGUA